AGCCAGAAGUUUGGCGAUCCACUUCCGAUCGGCCUUAUCGACCCCCUCCUGAUCCAGUCUUGACUCUCUCCAGUGUGUUCAACUAUUAUAAACUACUAACUGCUCUGUUCAACUGCUUAUCAUGGCGCUGCCGAAUAAUAUUCUUAUUGUGGGAGGAGGUGUUUUUGGCUUGUCGACUGCCGAGGAACUCAGCAAACGACACCCCGACAGCUCGAUUACCCUCCUAGAAGCAGCCGCGACCAUCCCAAACCCACACGGCUCAUCCGUCGAUACCUCACGCAUCAUCCGUGCCGACUACGCCCACCCAGCGUACGCCCGCCUCGCCGGGGCGGCGAUCGACCGCUGGCGACACACGGCAUGGGGCCAGGAGGGCCGGUACACGCAGAACGGCCUGCUGCUGGUAUACACGACCGAGGGGGCGCCGGCAAGCGAGUACGCGAAGAAGAGCUACGAGAACGUCAAGUCGCUCGGCGACACCGUCGAGUUCCUAGCGGGUAAAGCCGACGUGGGCCGCGUGGUGCCCGCCUACGGAGACGACCUCAACAUCGCAGGCGGGUAUAUCAACUGGGCAUCCGGAUGGGGGGACGCCGAGGCGGGCGUGCGGUACGUCAAGCGCAAGCUUGAUGAAGAGGGGAAAGUGGUCUUUAGGACGGGCGAAGUCGAGCGGGUGUUGUUCGAGCAGAGCAAGAACAAGAAGCACAACACAGGAAAUGAUGCUCCCUCCCGUGCGUAUGGCGUUGCUCUCACCGACGGCUCCAUCCUAAAAGCCGAUCUGGUCAUCCUCGCGACAGGCGCCUGGACUCCCAAACUGGUCGACCUGCGUGGCCGUGCCGUCUCGACCGGCCAGGCGCUGGCCUACCUCUCCAUCUCAGACGAAGAGCAGGCCCGUCUCGCCCACGUGCCCACCAUCCUCAACUUCGACACGGGCAUCUUCAUCAUCCCCCCGCGUGGAAACUUGCUUAAAAUCGCCCGUCACGCCUACGGAUACCUUAACCCAAGGACCGUCGCUAUCCCGGGAUCUUCCCCUUCUUCUUCUUCUUCUUCUUCUGGUCAAGCUGAAUCUAUGACCAUCUCCCUGCCGGAGAAUGGUCUCCCUAUCCCUCCAGAAGCUGAACGGGCCUUCCGCUCCGCGCUGCAGACCCUUCUCCCCUCCAUGACAGAUCGUCCGUUUGUUAAAACGCGGGUAUGCUGGUACACAGAUACACCGAAAGGAGAUUUCCUAAUAACCUACCACCCUGACCAUCCUGGCCUUUUCCUUGCCACCGGCGGUAGCGGCCAUGCAUACAAGUUCUUCCCUGUGCUGGGCGAGAAGAUCGUCGACGCCCUAGAGGGGUCCCUUGAGCCCGAGCUGAAGAAGCUCUGGGCGUGGAAUACACCCGAGCCGCGAUUUACGGGCACCGAGGACGGGAGUCGGUCCGGGGCAAAGGGGAUGCUUCUUAAAGAUGAGCUGGCCAAGUCCAAGGGGAGGUUGUAGAUAUAGCUAGUAUUACGACACUCAGCCACUGGUUAUAGGUAUAUAGUUGCUAUAUAUAGAGGAUUUUUUUUUUGGAAUGGACAGAAUGUAUAAGACUACUUCACAUAAAUGGUUCAAACACAUGGCUCUAGAUACCCGGAUCUAAGGCGCUGUGGC